GUACGGUAACAGACUAAGACACAACCUCUGGAAGCAGCCUUCUAGCUUCCUAGUAGACCUUUUGAUAGUAUUUGCCUAUGUUCUGUGAAAAAGAAGCAAAAGAAAAUCACGGAAAAUGUUUGCCAAAAAGCCAAAUGAGAUAGGCAGUGGCUCUGAAUCAGAAAAAGAGGCUGAGAAUUCCAACAUCACAGGAAGAUGGUCCAGACCUGACCUUCCGGUGGUCCCUAAGCUUGAAACCCCAUCCUCAGUCCAGGCAGUCAUCUCUAGGAUUGAGCAAGCACAGCUCCUUCGAGCCAGAGAGGAUGUUAAUAUGCAGCUGAAUGACAUAAUGAACAGCGUGUAUCGAAUAAUAACUCGUUAUACUGCUCUCGAUCUUAACUCAUCUUCUGAAAGAAAGAGCUCCUAUAUAGAAUCUAGGAAAACACGGAGAAAUCUUUUACUGGAGAAAGUGACUACUUAUGCUAAGGCUGCUGAUCUUAGAGAAAAGACUCUUGCCUACAUUCUGGCCUGGUUGGAAGAAUGGAGUUCCAUUUUGUCUGAGAUAACUAUAAUUGAUGUUGAUGAGCACCACCACUGGAUAGCACAAAUGGAGAUGUUUCCAGACAUGUUAAAAGCUAUUAACAACAAUGUCAAGAUACUGUGUAAAAUUAGUGAAUCUUUCCUCGAAGAAAAGAAGAAACAAAAGAAAAAAAUGUUAACUAGAAGUAGUCUAUGGAAAUCUUGGAAAGAAAGAGCUAUAAAGCUACCUGCAACAGCCCAUGCUUUAAGACCAGAUCAGAUGAUUAGUGACCAACUUGCAACAAAAACAAAGGUUUCAGAAAUUCAAGAUAUGCUACAGGAACUUAUAGGCACAUCAAUGUUCAACACAUUAGAAAACAAUGCUAUUAAAUACAUAUCAUCAACAAUAAUAAACUUUUCUAAAGCCUUGAAUACACUAAAUGAUGAAUUAAAAAUAGUUAACUUCCAAAAUAUCAGUAUGUAUGUAGAUGAAGCAAGAGAAGAAGAAAACGAUCUCUCCCUGAAGAUAAUCCAAGAUCUUAGUGAACAAAAUGAAAUGCUUACUCAGAGACUUAAAGACGCAGAAGAAAAAUGUGAACAACUUAUUCGAUCCAAAGUUGUUUCAGGACACCGAGCAUACAUAUCAUCACCCACAUUCUCAACCUUGAAAAUGCCACCUGGACUCUCUCCACAGUCAUCCAUGACCACAGAGGACACUAUGGAUGGUAUUUUAACCAAAGAAUUUGAAAAUAUUAUAGAUGAAUCCCAAAGAAAAGGGACUAAAGGCACCGGGAUAAAGUGGGAUUCAGCUAUUUCAUACACAGCUCAAGUUGAAAUGACUCCAGAUUUAACUGAACAGCAAUAUAUUUUACCUGAAAAAAAGCGGAAAAUUCCUUCUCAAGAUACUCCUGGAGAUAACAUAUCACUGAAAAAAGAUGAUAAUGAUCAAAAAGAUGGGGCUGGCGCGUACUCAUCACAAAACAGAAAGCUCACAAAAGACCCACAUCCACAAGAGACCUCUGAAUCAAAUCUGAGUACUAGUAAAGAUGAACAAAAAGCCUCAGAGGCCAAACCUAGUCAAUACUCUGAACUACAAUCCCAGGAAAAGAAGAGAAAACGAAGAAAAUCAUCUUCCGAAGCCAAACCAAAGUCAUCUACUGAAUCAAAAAGACAACAUAUCUCUUCUAUGGAAACAAAGAGCCAAGAUCAGAAAAGUGGAAAAAGUAUGCGGGAGCAACUCAGAAAGUUCAAACCUGAAUAUUCGCUUAGGAAAGGUCCAGUUCCAUCAGAGACCAAAGUAGAACCCACCACUAAGUCAAUGGACAAAGACACCAAAAGUGAACUGAAUAUCCUAACAGACCCAUUCAGGAUGAUCAAGCCUGGUUUCACCUCUGAGCCCCAGAAAGCUGAAAUGAAAGGAAAGCAAAAUCAAGUCUUUUUGGGAACUACCACAAACAAAGAAGAAAAAACUGAAGAGAAAGGAAUGUUACUCUUCACUAAAGAAGCUCAGUCUCAGCAACUUGCUAAAUUACAGUCAAAGAUCACUAAAGAGACUCCAGACAGCAAAAGUGAACAGAGUAACCUAGAAUUAUUUCAAAAAGCUAUACUGGCUUUCCUAAAAGAAAAAAUUGAUAACACAGGAAAGCCUUUUGAUAAAAAGAGUGUAUUGAAGGAAGAAGAGUUACUUAUAAAAGCAGAAGGUGGAAAAUUGGGAGUCAUAAAGGCAAAAAUGGAGGAAUAUUUCCAAAAAGUAGCUGAAACUGUGACUAAAAUAUUGAGAAAAUACAGAGAUAUACAAAUGGAAGGACAACUUGGAGAGAAACCUAUAAAGCAAAAACAAGGAGUCUCAUUUACACCAGGAUUGCACUUUCAGGAGUCGUCAAUUAAUGAAAAGUCUAAAAUUAGCUCCUUCCUCUCAAAUGAGAGCACAGACCCAAUAAUUAACAAUUUAAUACAAAUGAUCUUGGCUGAAAUGGAAAGUGAAAGAGAUGUUCCAAAAGUUUUGAUAACAGGAAAAAGUCACAAGGAGAAAGGGAAAAAGGAGCAGGAGAAAUAUUUGCAAGAAGGUCAAGGCCAGAUGUCUGGUGUGGAUCUUAGAUAUGAUCAAGUAGAAGUAAAAAAUCUCUGGAAGGAGAGCUAUAAGAUAAUGAAGGAUUUGGAGGAGAAAAAGGCAUCGCUCCAGAUGAAGGAGGGAAAGCAUGGGCAACAGGAGCAGAAACACUGGCAGAAAGAAGAGGUGUGGAGGGAACAGCAGACUCAGCAGGAUGAGAAACAAAAACAAUGGGAAAGUGAGAGAGAAGAGCAGAAGCCAAAGCAGCAGCAGCUAGAAGCAUGGAAGCAAAAGGUAAAAGAACAAGGAGUGCCCUUGGAAGAGAAGGAAAGAGAAAAGAUCCAGCAGGUUCAGAAGAAAAUGAGGCGUGAGGACCUGAAAAUGAGUAGGGAAAAAGAUGAGGAGAGACAAAAGUUGAGCAGAGUGAUAGAGGACCUCAAAAAGCAGAGACAGAGCACAGCACAGUAUCAGAUGAAGAAAGAACCUGAAGACUUAGCAAAAAUGAUCACACAAAGUCCAGUGAUAUUAUCACCAAGGGGGAAGAGCACAUUGAAAAAUAAAACCCAGUUGUACCAAGAAAGAAAGAGCCAAAGGAAUCUCAAGACAUUACAGAGUCUUCCAGACGGAAAGCACCCCAUAACAGUCAAUGCUCCCACCUCCACCCAGUCCUCUCCAACUGGGCCCACUCUUGUUUCUGGGCACCCUCUCACAAAAUACAUCACUCUCAGUCCUCCGCAGGCACUGGCACUGGGGAUCACUCCCACCCCUCAGGAGGUUCAGCAAACAGAGUUCACCACUGGCUCUGUGAUUCCUCAGACUUCGGGUAUAACACUCACCUCUGAGCAGGCACAGGCUUUGAGAGCUCCUCUUAUGCUUGAACACAUUUCAAAAAUGCAGAUGCCUUUCAUAGCAGAACAGGCACAGGAAGUAGGCACCAUAAGAACUCAGGAACAAGCUCAAGCAUCUAGGCUCCCUAUUACCCUUAUACAGGCACAGAAACUAAAGGAAUCUGUCAUACCAGAAAUAACUCAGGCAAUUCAGACCCCAUCAACAACUAAAAAGUCACAGAUACUUGGAGUUCCUAUUACCCAAGGGAGAACGGAGGCCUUGAGAAUUUCUCAUACCCCGCAGCAGGCUCAGAAUCUGAGGAUCACUCUAACCCCCCAGCAGGCUCAGGCUCUGGGGAUCACUCUGACCCCUCAGCAAGUUCAGGCACAAGGGAUCACUCUGACCCCUCAGCAGGCUCAGGAUCUGAGGAUCACUCUGAGCCCUCAACAGGUUCAGGACCUGGGGAUCACUCCGGCUAUUCAGAAAGUUCAAGCUCAAGAGAUCACUUUGACCCCUCAGCAGGCCAAGAACUUAGGAAUCCCUCUGAUCCCUCAGCAGGCUCAGGUGCAAGGGAUUCCUUUGACCCCUCAGCAGGCCCAGGACUUAGAGAUCACUCUGACCCCCCAACAGGUUCAGGACCUGGGGAUCACUACGGCUGUUCAGAAAGCCCAGGCCCAAGGGAUCCCUCUGACUCCUCAGCAGGCCCAAGAUCUGGGGAUCACUUUGACCCCUCAUCAGGUUCAUGCUCAAGGGAUCACUCUGACCGCUCAGCAGGCCCAGGACCUGGGGAUCACCCUGACCCCCCAGCAGGCUCAGGCUCAAGGGAUCCCUCUGACCCCUCGGCAGGCCCAGGAUCUAGGGAUCGCUCUGACCCCUCAGGAGGCCCAGGAUCUGGGGAUCACUCUGACCCCUCGGCAGGCCCAGGACCUGGGGAUCACCCUGACCCCUCAGCAGGCUCAGGCUCAAGGGAUCACUCUGACCCCUCAGCAGGCUCAGGCUCUAGGGAUCACUCUGAUCCCUCAGCAGGCCCAGGAUCUGGGGAUCACCCUGACCCCUCAGCAGAUUGAGGCUCAUGGGAUCACUCUGACCCCUCAGCAAGCCCAGGGCCUGGGGAUCACCCUGACUCCUCAGCAGGUUGAGGCUCAAGGGAUCACUCUGACCCCUCGGCAGGCCCAGGACCUGGGAAUCACCCUGAUCCCUCAGCAGGUUCAGGCUCAAGGGAUCACCCUGACCCCUCAGCAGGCCCAGGACCUGGGGAUCACUCUGACCCCUCGGGAGGCCCAGGAUCUGGGGAUCACCCUGACCCCUCAGCAGGUUGAGGCUCAAGGGAUCACCCUGACCCCUCAACAGGCCCAGGAUCUGGGGAUCACCCUGACCCCUCAGCAGGUUGAGGCUCAAGGGAUCACCCUGACCCCUCAACAGGCCCAGGAUCUGGGGAUCACCCUGACCCCUCAGCAGGUUGAGGCUCAAGGGAUCACCCUGACCCCUCAGCAGGCCCAGGACCUGGGGAUCACCCUGACCCCUCAGCAAGUUGAGGCUCAAGGUAUUCCUUUAACCCAUCAGCAGGCCAAGGACUUAGGGAUCACUGUUAUCCCUCAGCAGGCCAAGGACCUGGGGAUCACUCUCACUCCUCAGCAGAAACAAACUCAAUGGAUCACACUCACCUCUCAGCAAGCUCAGGCAUUUGACACUCCUUUGACCUGGCAAAAGCUUGCCACACUGGCUCCUUCUACUCUUGGACCAUUUCAGGAAUUGAGGGCAUCUUUUUCUACUCAGCGGUCCAUUAUAUCAAGAUUAUCUCCAAGGCCUAGGCUGCCCCUGACAUCUACUCCUCCUACUGAGAAAAUCACUUUACCUGGGGUUUCUCCUUUGCAAAAAUUAAGACCUCUUCUCAGCCAAACCCCUAUUACUCCUGGUAGACACUUAGGAAUGAGCAUUCUUUCUGCUCCUGGAAGGCUCCUGGGCCCACAGAUUCUUCCUGCCUCCAGACAGAAGCUAGUAAUUAAAGGUCAAGCUAUUCUUACACCAUCCCUGGCACUAGAGGUUUCUUCCCCUCCUGGGCAUUGCCCAUUAUCUGGGGCCCCUCCCACUACAGAGCAGCCCCUUCAAUCAGAGGCCCUAAACUCCAGUCACUUCUUCAUACUUGGAAGCCCUCUGACUUCCGGGCCACCUCUGGAUUCUCAGGCCACUGUCAUAUCUAGAGUCCCUCCCACGUUUGGACAGAUUCCCAGACGCUGGGCUCCUCUCUCUCCUGGGCAGCACUUAGUUCCUGGAGUUUCUUCCAUGCAUAGGGAGGAGCUCCUGGAAUCUGAAACCUUAGCCUUCUCUGCACAGUCCCAGGGAUUCCAGCCUCCUGCCACCCCUGAGCCAUCUCUGCAGACCCCUUCUACUUCCAGGCAGCCUCUGGCACCAUGGACUCUUUCCGGGCAAGUUUCCCCAUUAUGGAUCCCUCCCACCCUUAGGCAUACCUCCACACUCUGGGCUUCCCCAACCCCCGGGAAGCCUCAGAGAGUUUUGUCUUCUGUCACUCAGAAAAGAUUGGCAGUUGUUUCUUCCCUAAAAUCUAAAUCAGCAGUGGUCCAGGCAAGGACUACAGAUUUCAAGGUAUCUCAAGCUCCUUUCACCACUAAGAAGGUCCAAAUAUCAGAGCCUCCUGCCACUUAUGAAGAAACCCAGAUACUCCAAGAUGCUUGUGUCAUGGAACCAUUUGAAACAAUUCAGUCAUCUCUCACCAGUUACAGGACACCAGUUUCACAAACCCCUUAUACUGAUGAGGCGGUCCUUCCCACUUUCAUGAAGCCUACAUCAUUAACUUCUCUUAUUACUCAGCUACCCAAAAUGCCACAGAGCUCACCUGAAAGGGACCAGAAAUCCCAAAUCCCCUCUACAGACCAACUCUGGAUACUGACCUCAGUUUCAGGUACCAAGAAACCCAAAAUGAUGGUGCCUCCUUCCUCUCCUAAAGAGCUUAUGGAGAAGAGGUAUUUUGUUGAUGUGGAGGCUCAGAGGAAGAACCUGGUACUAUUAAGUCAAGCCACAAAAACUUCUGGACUCCCCUCACAGCAAUACACAAUGGCUAGGAAUCUCAUAAUUGGAACACUUCAUAUGGACACAGUUCAACUGGGAUACCUUCUCCGAAAGUACAUUGCCUAUCGGCUGAUCCAGUGUGUCAGAAACAACAUAAUCAAACGAUUAAAAGCCAGCCAAAACACUGGGAAAGGUUAUGAGACCCAGAACCUCUACAUCAUGCUAAGCAGAAUUGAUGAUUAUCAGAAAAGGGUGAUGGGGGUUUGGACUGAAAAGGAGAAGUCUCUAGAGCAGAAACGAAAUCAAUGCCUGAAGAAAAUGAUGCACUUAUUUAGCCAGUUCCAAGAGAUGUAUAAAUUGAAUCUUAGUAAACCCAUCCCCUUGAUAGUUGACAAAAAGCAGAUACCUGCCUCUACCAAAUUUGUUCCACCGCCAUUGCUAGAGUUACUAAUUGAAGAGGACAAAAAAUCUGACAUUUUCAAGAAACUUAGACAAAAAGAAGCACUGAGGGAGGCCAUUUGGAAUGCUGAUCUAUCCACCUCAAGCUACCCAAUAACAGAGAAGACAUCAAUAACGUCACUCUGGGCUCAGCUGGGUGGGUACCCAGACAUUCCUAGGCUGCUCCAAUUAGAUAUUCAGGCUACCUUCAGAAAAUCUCUUGCAUCCAUUCAAUCACGGUCUAAGAAGAUUCCCAAGUGACUGUAAAAUUAAAUGCAAGCCUGUUGAAAGCAAAUUUCAAUGUUUCAGUAAAAUGUUUCUUUUGUUGUCUUUCAUGGAUAUACACUGCUUUGUCUAUUCUUUGCUUUCAUAUAUUGCCUGUAGUUUUUCAUUUACAUACUGCCUCUAUGGUCGUCUUCUGCCCUGGAUUACUAAAUGAAGUUUCAUCAGAUCCUGGCUAGGCUAAGCCGUAAAAGGCACAUCAUUACAGGCCCCUGACAUGAGUGCAUAGUGGCAUGGUCCCCCAUUGCAGAUCCAAAGAUGCCUCACAGGUAAGAAAUGGGUAUAAAGAAGGAAAAUAAAAACCAGAAAAGACCUCUGGAGAAUCAGAAAGUAGUUAUGAUUUGGUAAAGGAAGGGAAAUCUCACAUGGUACAUGGGAAGGUUAGGCUUCUAAAAUGGGGAUAGACGUAGGAAGAGAUUUUGAACUGGGUUCUUUUCUAUCUACCAUAUUGCUGAACAGAUCACUGUGUUCUCCAUCUGCCCGAC